AUGGCCUUGGGAAACAACAGCACCGUCACAGAGUUCCUCCUCCUUGGGCUGUCUGCUGACCCCCAUGUCCAGGCUCUGCUCUUUGUGCUGUUCCUGGGGAUCUACCUCCUGACCAUAAUGGGGAACCUGCUGCUACUGCUGGUGAUCAGGACCGAUUCUCAUCUUCACACGCCCAUGUACUUCUUCCUGAGUCACCUCUCUUUUGUUGAUCUCUGCUUCUCUUCAGUCACGGUGCCCAAAAUGCUGGAAAACCUCCUUUCCCGGAGGAAAACCAUUUCAGUAGAGGGCUGCCUCGCUCAGGUCUUCUUUGUGUUUGUCACUGCUGGGACUGAAGCCUGCCUUCUCUCUGUAAUGGCCUAUGACCGCUAUGCUGCCAUCUGCCACCCAUUGCUUUAUGGACAGAUCAUGAGUAAACAGCUGUAUAUGUAUCUUGCAUGGGGUUCAUGGGGCCUGGGCUUUCUGGACGCACUCAUCAAUAUCCUUUUAGCAUUGAACAUGGUCUUUUGUGAGGCCAAAAUCAUCCCCCAUUACAGCUGUGAGAUGCCAUCUCUCCUCCAUCUGUCCUGCUCUGAUAUCUCUGGGAGCCUCAUUGCCUUGCUCUGCUCCACUCUCCUGCAUGGGCUAGGAACCUUCCUGUUGGUCUUCUUAUCCUACACACGCAUUAUCUUUACCAUCCUGAGCAUCAGCUCUACCUCAAGCAGAAGCAAGGCCUUCUCCACCUGUUCCUCCCACCUCACUGCGGUGAUACUUUACUAUGGCUCAGGUUUGCUCCGCCAUCUUCUGCCAAACUCAGGCUCCCCCCUGGAGUUGAUCUUCUCUGUGCAGUAUACAGUAGUCACGCCCAUGCUGAAUCCCCUCAUCUACAGCCUGAAAAACAAGGAAGUUAAGGAGGCCCUGAAAAGAACUUUGGAAAAAUAUUUUCAACAUAUCAGGUAUUGA